AUGACUCAAGAAACGCUGAAAUAUGGUGUUCAAAAGACUCGAUUAAAAAGCGCGAUGGCUGAACAAGUGGCCAAUGAAGAAGAAAAAGAAAAUGCUAGGAAACGGCCUAUGGAUGGUGAUGACGAUGACCAUAAUGACAGCGGUGACGAUAAAAAGGACAGUAUUUGGGAAGUAUGGAAGCAAUUCCUGUGUGGCAUCAAUUGCCCUUACUUUUUAUUAAUUAAACUAUUCUAUUUCCGCACAUUCAAUCUACCGAGCACCGAGCCGGACCUCACGUGCUCUAAUUCUAUUGGUUGGGCUGGCAAUCCUUCACACUCCGUAUCAUGCUUCCCCCACAAGACCAACCAUAUAGAAUUUUACUUUACUUCGGGGCUUCCCCCACAAAACUGGCAUUCAUCAAAAGCAACAUUGCAACACCAAGCGUUCAGUCCACAAACGAAGCAAGAGUCCAAGCAAAAAAAAACAAAACAGAAACAAGACUUGACCACCGAUUCACUGUCUAUUUCCAAUAAUCAAUCAAUAAAAAUCUCAAAUUCCAAGUACCAAAACAGGAAGCAACAGGACAUCGUGGGCACAGCCAAAACAAGACCAAAACAAACAAGAACAGACACAAACAAGGACAUCUUUUUAGCCCCAAAAUGCAUAAGGUGA